AUGUCCGCGACCUCCAACCCCAUCCCUCCCGAGCGCUUCGCUCUGGCUUUGACCGAACUUCCCCUGGGCUCGCUGCACGCCAAAGCCGCCGAGCUCCGCAACAGCAUCGCGCACCUGCGGCACUCGAACGAGCAGCUCACGCCCUACGCGCGGGACGGAGACCGGGAGUGCGCGGACGCGAUCCGGGAGAACGAGGAGGUGAUUUCACGGAUGGAGGAGAGGGUUGCGCUGCUCAAGGCAGAGGUUGAGGGACGGGGGAUGCCGUGGGUGGAGGUUGAGGAGGAGAAGAAGGGGCAUGGGAAUAGGGAGGGCGGGGAGAGGGCUGCGAAUGGGGAGGUGGGGGAGAGGGGCUCGAGCGUGGAUGGGGAUGGGGCGGAAGAGGAAGGGGUACACUUGUGA